AUGUCGAAGGACACUGGCAGCUGCGCUUGUCAAUAUAUCCGUUACACGACCGCCAAACCCACAAGUUGCGUGGUCAACUGCUACUGCACCAUCUGCCGCAAACAAUCCGGUGCACCAUUCCAGAGCUGGGCAUUCUACGCCACCGAUGAUAUCAAAUGGGAUGUCAAGCCUACAGAGCGACGGUCAAGCGAUACUGCGACGCGCAGCUUUUGUCCACGCUGCGGCUCGACUCUGAGUAUGGUCCUGGAUCGUGACUUGAAGACUAUCGGGAUUGCAGCAGGAACAUUCGAUGGACGACUCCCGGCGCCAAGUCAUCAUAUAUGGACUAGUGCAGCGGUAGUUUGGCAUCAAUGGCCGCAAGAUGGAGCACAGAGGUGGUUCGCGGGUGGGCAUUACAAGAAGAUAUAG